UAUCAAGACUAGGAAGAGGCCGGGCGGGUUGUCUCGGUCAACCCCAUUCCCUCCCUCCCUCCUCCUUCUUCCCUCUCUGCCGCUCCAAGGGUUGUACCUCACUCCGGGACGCGCGCUGGGGGAUCCGAUGACGUCACAGUCACGCUGACAAACGCCAGCUACUUCUCUCCUCUUCACUCAUGCGCUCACGCUGCUUUUCUAUUCUGGGAAGCGGCGCUAGGAAUAACCCUGUCUGUCCCCCCCUCAAGCCCCAGCCGAAGCGGACACUUACUCACUUUCAUCUCUUCCUGAAGCAAACGCCCAACGCACAUCUGGCUUUUGCAGAAUCGCUACAAUUUCCCGCGAGCUGUUACGGCGAAUUUAAACAUUUCGAUAUUGAAGUGAUACAUUGAGAAGGAAGAGUCUCUGGAGUUAACAUAAAGAGGUUGACAUUCGCCUGAAAUGUUGUGGACGUUUCAAAGGGGGCGGAUUUGAACGCGUUUUACCGGGUGUGUGAGGAGGGUGUGUACCUGGAUUUAAUUCCCAGGACUGCAACUUUAGCGGUCUGUAUAAUCUCAGCACCCUGGCUAGUGGAUCCUUUCUGUCACCACACUGCCCGACCCAUCUGCCCGUAGAGAUAGCAGCGCGAAGGAAAACCCUUAGAUCCUAAACCCGUCGGCUGGCCUCGUCUCGCCAAGACCCUUCCGAUACUGAGGAAUCAACAGACUUUGACCUAAAGAGAAACAAGCUUGGAUGAAACAAACAGUGAAUGGACUGCAGUAUGCUGCAAUAAUGAGAUCAAGAUAAUGGCCUGAUUGAAAGAGGAACACGUUAUUGAUUUUGAUGCAAGAGCAACUCUUUUGCAAAAUGGACCUGGAAGGACUUUUUGUUUAGGAAUCUGGCAUGCUAGCCUACAUAAAUACAAUUUAGCAAACACCAUCUUAAGAAACCCCAUACAAGUACAAAGAAAAAUGGAGCCACAUGAAACUGCUGUUGGCCAAAAAUGUACCAAGGAUCAACGGGAAAAGAUCCCCUUACAAAGAAAAUGGGUAUCUGAGCCCUCUGCUGGAACAAAAAGGAGUACUUUUGCAGAUCCAGAUGUUAAAAGACAUUCACAUCGUGAGCAUAGUCUUACAAGUGGGACAAGCCUUUCAAGCUCAACUCAGAAGUUUAGCUCUGGAAAGCUGUUGUCAUCUGCAGUGUCACAGUCAUCACAAGAAAGUCAGUUUCAACAGGUCUUUCCUCGGCCUUACUACCAGUUGCCACAAUUAUACCCCCAGGAGCCUUUCCUAGGUGGUACAAAGCCACAACCUGGGUUAGAAACCCAUGCCUGGCCCUUCUCUGGGCAAAUACAAUCCCUGCCACCAGAUGAUAUGUUUCAUGUACAAUCCCGCACUCAUGGAGUCUUUCCUCGUCAGAAGCCUCCAGCCGUGUUCGGUCAGUUUUCCCAAUCUGGACCAGAGCAGUCAGAUGAAGUUCAUAAGAAGGAACAAAAGCCCAAGAAGCCAGGAAAAUACAUAUGUCACUACUGUGGAAGGGCAUGUGCUAAACCCAGUGUGCUUAAAAAACACAUUCGAUCCCACACAGGGGAGCGCCCCUAUCCUUGUGUUCCAUGUGGAUUCUCAUUCAAAACCAAGAGCAAUCUUUAUAAACAUAGAAAAUCUCAUGCCCAUGCUAUCAAAGCAGGUCUUGUUCCAUUCUCUGAGUUAGCAACUCGAACAGACACUGAUCAAGCAUCUUCAGUUGGAGAAGCAGAGGCACAUUCUGAUGGUGAACAAAGCACUGACACUGAUGAAGAAGUUGCAGAAGGUACAGUGUUCCCUGAGAAACGUAGCCCACAAAUAUCUUUUGACUCUGAAAAGAGCCCAAUGGAAAGAGGGCCAGCAUAUGCUGAUCCAGCAGAGGAACUGUCUGUGGCAUCUAUGAAAGUGCCUAUACCUCUACUAAUUGUUCCAAAACAAGGGGUACCGUUAACAGCCACAGAGUGUCCACUGUUUCCAGAAAUGCAAGGUUCCCUUACUACUGGACAGAUGGGCAGAGGGGACGAGUCUCAUACUGUUAAACAGAAACUUGCCUUACGACUCACUGAGAAAAAGGACCAGGAUUCUGAGCCAUCUCAAAAUCUGUUGAGCCCUCACAGCAAAGGCAGCACUGAUUCUGGUUAUUUUUCCCGUUCCGAAAGUGCUGAACAGCAGAUCAGUCCACCUAACACCAAUGCAAAGUCAUAUGAAGAAAUUAUGUUUGGAAGAACUUGGCCCAAUAAAACCAACUCCAGACCUAGACAAUCAGUCACAGUUGGCAUGGCAGCUAUUGCAGGUCAGGACACUAAUAUCCAUAUCAACAAGACUAGUGCCAUGCAGGAGGCCAUGGAAAAGAUAUCAGAGGGUCAUGUAUUUUAUCGUAAUUUUGGAGAAUCACAACUAGUUCCUGGCUGUGACCCAAAGCAGUAUCAUCCUGGCUCUUGCCAAACCAAUACAGGUCUACUGGAAGCACCAUCUGAUUCGGGACCACUUAUUAGGAGUAACUCAAUGCCAACACCUUCCCCUACAAACCUCAAUGUACCACUGAAUCUAAAAGGAAGUCACUCAUUUGAUGAGAUGAUGAGCCAAGAUGAUGUUUUUUACACUGCUGGUCUUAAGAGGUUAAGGAGACAGGCCGCUUUUGAACACUCUGCCCAAGAAGGGCAUGGAGAAUCAGAAAACUAUGGAAAGAUCACAGGUCCAAACACAAGUUUGAAAAUGGGAGAGAGAGGUCUUUAUAUGCCAGAAUUCAAAGGCUCUGGGUCAGAGCUUGCUUGUCCAGAAGUUCGCACAACAUAUAGUUCAUAUGGUACAAAGGUGGGAAUGACAGAAUCAAGAAAGCGACGUAUGAAGAAGAGUGUUGGUGAAGAGGAAGACUGCCUUGGACAAGAUGAUGGUAGUCAGAGUGGCUCUAUUGAAAUGACUGGGGAUUAUGAUCUAAGGCAAGGAAGUCAAGAUUCUUCAAAGGCUGCUCCUGCCACUAAGGGAACAAUGUUAAGAACCCAUAGCCCAUCAGACAGUUUUGACAGAGGCCUGUGUAUGACUCCAGAAGAUGUGGUACUUGUUCAGGAUUCGGACACAAAGACUGUUGGUAAUGUUAUAUCUGUCAUACAGCAUACUAAUUCGCUUAGCAGGCCAAAUUCAUUUGAGAAGACUGAAUCAAUUGAACAUCCAUUUUAUCAGCCAGAAAAGUCUGCUGGGCAUCUUUCUGAGCAAUCAGACACAGAGAACAUUGAUGAUGUGCAGAGCCCUGAUUCUUACCAUAGAUCAGAAAGCAUCGAACGUCAGCAGCAAGGUGAUAAUGAACACAGAUCAUUCUCUUCUAACCAACUGUAUCAUAUACCCCACAAACUUGUACGACAGCCCAACAUUCAAGUGCCUGAAAUUAGAGUUACAGAAGAGCCUGACAAACCAGAAAAAGAGCCUGAGGUGCAAGUGAAAGAACCAGAGAAACAUGUUGAGGAAUUUCAGUGGCCACAAAGAAGCGAAACAUUGUCCCAGCUUCCUGCAGAAAAGCUGCCUCCAAAGAAGAAACGUCUGCGUCUUGCAGAUAUCGAACACUCUUCUGGGGAGUCAAGCUUUGAGUCAACUUGCACUAGCCUUUCAAGAAGCCCUAGUCAAGAAAGUAAUUUAUCUCAUAGCUCAAGUUUUUCAAUGUCAUUUGAGAGAGAGGAAGGCUUAAAAUCUGGGUCCCCAACUAAGCAGGAAGAGUUUGGUAAGCAGUCUGAGUUCUUAACUGUUCCAGGCCAUUCUCUGUCUAUACCAGGGCAUCAUCAAAGAGAGAUGAGACGUUCUUCAUCAGAACAGGCGCCCUGUGCUUUGCCCACCGAGGUUCCGGAAAUCCGCAGUAAAUCAUUUGAUUAUGGAAGUCUUUCAACUGGUUCAAGGCAAGGAGAAGUAUAUUCAAGUGCUUCAGCUAUGAAGGAGCGUAGACGUGGCUACCUUGUUAGACAGGCAUCCCUCAGUGUCUAUCCUGAAGUAGUGGUUCAAGAGCCAGUCUCAGAAUUAAAUAUUAAACAGGAGCAUUCUGACCAUGUUCUUCAAGCUGCCUUAACUGGUACAUCCUGCUGUGUAACCAGUGACUUGGCAAAACCCAGAAGAGGUACACAGUUAGCUUAUGGAUCACGUCACUUGCUGCAACAGAGCAUUAGUGAAGACAGCCAAACAGAGGAUAAUUUCCAAAAUGCUCCUCGUUUGCCAGCACAACUUUCAACUGAUAGUGAGCAGUCAGUGCAUGAGCACAUGAGCCAGGAGGUAAUUCAGCACUCUUCACUUCCAAGCAACUUGGCAUCUUCACCCUUCUUGCCAUUUCAGCCUAUGCUCUGGCAUCAUGAAUCUGCACAAAGACAGAAGCAGCAUCUGGCUUUUCAGACACAUCCGUUACAGAAACUACAUAUCAAACAGCCAAAUUUACAGCCCAUGGUACAGAAACCACACCAAACCCCUCAUCAAGUUCAGGUGCAAGCAGACUCCAAAACUGAUGGCACUAGUCACAACUAUCCUUAUCCCUCAAGAGCCUCCCCACAGCAGCUUGGGGUCUUGUCAUCAAAAGUACUUACUACAAGCUUCUUAAAACAAGUUCAACCCAUCUUUGCCACUCAAAAUGUAGGAUCAGCAUCAUCACCUCCCAUGCUUGUCCCAGUCAGAAUCCAGACUAACGUGCCAUCCUAUGGUAGUGUUAUGUAUACAAGUGUUUCACAAAUCAUUGCUACCCAGAGUACAACUUCAAUCAGAGUUAUAUGCACAGACAAUGUGUCUUCUGCUUCACUCACAGGUCCUGCAUCAAAGCACCAAGUAGGGAUUAAUUUAUCCAAAAUAUUAGGUCAUUCUGAAGGAUCCUUACAUUUUCCACAGUGGAAAGUUCCUGAAUAUUUACCUGGAACCCUUAACACAGGAAUUCCUCUGUCUUUGACCUCAGGAACUAUCUCUACUACAGAUGCAUCUUCUAGUAUUGGUGGAAGUAAGAGAAUGUUGUCACCAGCCAGUAGUCUUGAGCUCUUUAUUGAAACCAAACAACAGAAACGGGUCAAGGAAGAAAAGAUGUAUGGCCAGAUAGUGAAAGAGCUUAGUGCGGUUGAGCUGAGCAAUUCUAGUGCACCAAAAGAUAUCGAUAAGUCCCCAAAACCAGAAUUUUCAAACAGAGAUGACUCAGUAGAUGAUCAUGAGAGGAUGUCGUCAUCUCCACCCACUGAUUUUGUAUCCUCAAAAUUCCUUCGGUACCCAUCUGCACCUCAUUUACCUGAUGUCCCACCAAAAGAUAACUUUAUCCCACCCUUGCAAAUUAUUACAAAUGUAGCCAAAAGAGCAGAUUCCCCUGAAGCACUUGAUGUAGAUGAGUCCACCCCUGAUGCAAGCCCAAGCCCUCAGUCAGUGAUUUCCUCAAGUGAGACUCAGGAAGAAUCUAAGCAGACCAUGAGUAAUAAGUUCCCUGUAAACAUGCUGGUGCAACUAGCUGCCAAUCAGGGUGGAGGAGUUGCUGGUAGUACUCUUCUGCUGACUGACUUGGCAGAUGUCCAUCAGUAUUUUCAGUUCCCAAGUCUUCGAACACCAACCAGUGUCAGUUGGUGCUUCCUAAAUUAUACAAAGCCAAAUUAUGCACAGACAACUCCUCUAACCUCUGUCUAUGGGUCUUGGUGUGUCAGCUCUUACAAUCCCAACCCACUCAAUCUCAGCACCAAGGCCUCUCUGGCACUUCUCCGCUCCAAACAAAGAAAGAACACAGAGAUGUAUACAAUGGCUGCUAUGUAUCAACCUGGCUCUGGAAAACUUGUUUCAUCUCUCCGGUGGAAACAGAAGUUUGAACAGUUGAAGCCAGAGAUUAUACAGUUGGAUGUUGGAAAGUUUGGGAAGAAAAUGAAGGGAAUCAGCUCGAGAGACAGGGGAAAAGAGGACCAUGGAGAGAAAGAAGUUUCUUCAAAACAGGCUGAACCCACCCGCAUAAAAAUCUUUGAUGGAGGGUACAAAUCCAAUGAGGACUAUGUUUACGUACGUGGCCGAGGCCGGGGAAAGUACAUAUGUGAAGAGUGCGGGAUCCGUUGUAAAAAGCCAAGCAUGCUGAAGAAACAUAUUCGCACACACACGGACGUAAGACCAUAUGUCUGCAAGUUCUGCAACUUUGCUUUUAAAACGAAAGGAAACCUUACAAAACACAUGAAGUCAAAGGCUCACAUGAAAAAAUGCUUAGAGCUUGGAGUGUCGGUAACAUCUGUGGAUGAGGCCGAGGCUGAAGAAACAGAAACUGCUGAGGAAGUCCGAAGAACAUCUGAGAAGGUGGCAGAACACCAGUUCUCUGACGCUGAUGACUCAGAUGGAGCUGAAGACGACGGUGAUGAAGUUGAUGAAGAUGAGGAUGACGAUGACGAAUACGAUGGCGAUUCAACACCGAAGACACGCUCUCGAAGCACGAGCCCACAGCCAUGUGCCAUUCCCUCACUCUCCAUCACUGCAGUGGCUGCAUCACAGGAAUCCAACCCAGAGCUUCUAUGUUCAGCCUCUAAACAACCUCUUUUCACUUAUUUCACUAGUCUGCCCAGUAUUCAGAUCACCCAACUCAUGGCACCCAGUGAAAAAGCAGGGGAGGCCCAAAUGGCAGAAUACCAGAAACUCCUUCGAGGGGCUCUGGGUGAAGAUCACAAAAACCGACUGGAUGUCCCUAGUUCCAUGGAUGAAGACUUUGCUCUCUCUCCAGAACACAGUUCAUCCUCCUUCGACUUUUCCCCAUCCCGUAUGUCUUCACCAGGUUGCGAUUCCUCCCCCCUCCGAGAAAGUUCACCUUCCUCCAGGAGGUACCUGUCCCCGCGAAGGGACCUCUCCCCACGUGGCCAUUUGUCACCAAGGCGAGAAGCAUCUCCACUUAGGCAUAUCUCUCCCAAGCGGGAUCCAUAUAGAAGGGAUCUGUCACCAAGGAGAGACCUUUCUCCUAGAGGGCAUCUCUCCCCCAUCUCCCAGUCAGGACGGCCAACAUCCCCAGGAAGGGAUCUCUCAGGCAGACUAUCUCCCAGAAGCCGACACAGGGGCAUGUUUAGACCUGUGUCCCCCAGGAGGAGUCUUCAUUAUCAGACUGGUCCAUGGGCAACCAGCCCCAGUCCACAUGCAGAGCUGUUAUCAUUAAGCCAAAAGACCAAGAACCAUCCAGAGAUGGCAACUGACCAGAGGGAUCGCAACACAGACGCCCCCAGCAUCAACCAAGGAUUAUUUAGCCACCUUCCCCUACACUCCCAGCAUCAAAUCCGCACACCGUUCUCCAUGAUACCCAUUGGCGGCAUCCAGAUGGUCCAUUCUGUGCCCGCUUCCAUGACAGGCCACGCCCACCCAACCCGCUUUCCCCUCCAGAAGAGCACAUCGGAAGAAUCCGGCACCAGUGAGGUGUCCUUCCACCUUCCCCAAGGCAGAGGGGCCAGCAGCAGAUGCCCAGCCGACUCACCCCAACCCCCUGAAAAGUCAGUGUCCCCAAAGGCUCCAUCGCCUUCCUUACAAAAGUCAAGAGAGGACAGCACAGACACUUCUGAUAAGGAAAGCAAGCAAGAAGAGUGCAUCCAAACGUGCACUAAGGCGAUCGCCUCCCUGUGCAUCGCCUCCGAGGAAACUCCUGAAAAAUUAUCAGUUUCCAUCGAUCCUUUCCAUCCUUAUUCACCUGUGGCUCAGCAAGACAGUCCACCGGCUAGAGCGCAGCACUAUUGCAGUUCGGAGAUCAGUCACCCUGUACACUCCAGAGCAGAAAACAGUAUGUCCACCACAUCAAAGAAUCCCACAGCAGGCCAUUCCACUCUCUACAAUACUGAGGCGGCAGAACGAGAGAGAGAAAGAGCGCCUGGCCAACAGGGCCAUGGAGAUAGGCCAGUGACCAUAAAGAAAGGCAAAGAUAUAAAAGAUUCUAUUAAUAACAGGUGAACAAGGUCAAAGAGAGUAGUAAAUUACGCUCGCACGUUUUAUAUUUACACAUGUACACACACACACAAAAAAUCAAGUAAACUGAUUCAAAGUGGUUUUAAUGUACAUGUAUAGCAUGCCUUUUAUAACAUGGUUUGCUAUAUCUCAACUAUAAUAACUUUCUUAUUUAAAGUUUUAAAGAAUAUACAUAUAUGUUAACUUAUAUAUGAGCCUGACCAAAAUCGCUUAUGGACUUUGUCUGGUACUUUUAAAUGUACAGAUGUGUGUGCCUUUUCUUUACUUUUUGCUUAUAUUCUUAUAAGCAUUAAACGGGAGGAUAUGUAAAUAUAUCAAGUUUUGUGUAUCGGCUUUGUAAUAAAUGCAAUUUACCGUCUUUUCGGGACACUCGAGUCUGAACGAUGUGAAGUAUCAAUACAUGUAAGGUUGCACUAAAACAUAUUUUUAUAUGAGUGAGAUUAAAUGGCUUUUGUGUACAGCAGCAAUUCUAUAAUACUAUUUAUUGUAUCAUGUUUCAUAAAUUGUACAUUUUUUUCUUAAUGUCGUGGAUGCCUUUUCUAUGUAAAGCAUGGGUUUUGCUAUUGCAUAAUUAGAGCAAAAAUUAUGUACAUGUAAUAUGGCUUUAUAUAUUAGAAGUAUGUGUGCAUAUACUUCUCAGUAAAUUCGCUUUACCUAGAAUUCUAUGUAAUUUAAUAUAUAUAUAUAUAUCUAUAUAUAUAUUGAGUAUAUAGAUAAACGAGUAUAUAUAUAUAUCUGCACAUAUGGUUUGGAUUGACACCUUCAUACAGUAUGGUAGUUGGUUCUAAGUGCUUGUACCCUUCUCUUUCAUAUUGGCUGGCUGGUAGGCUACACUAGUUUUUUCAUUGUUCACAUUUUAAAUGUAAUACUGUUAAGCAUUAAACGAAUCAACUUUCGCACUUCUGCAUUUCCUCCAGAGCUUACUGAGGUAGAUGUUAAAGGUAUUUUGAUCUUCUGUGAAUUGUUGCUUGAAGUACUUGACUUGGUGAUUAAUAUGGGGAACAUUCCAACAGAUGUAAAUAUUGGAUGCCUACGGUUCUGUACGCUCACAGCCAUACAUAUUCAUAAAGUGAAGGAGUUUGUCACGGGCCACGUCAUCAGUCCAUGAACACUUUGUUUUUUUUUAAUUGUACAUGCAAAAACUCCAAUACUGAGAACUCCUGAAAUGCACCUUAUGUUUUCUAAACCUUUGCAAAAAAUCCCAAAUUAUAUCACUUUUAGAACUGGGAUUGGAAAUACAGAUGUUUUUUUCUGUUUUGAAUCGAAGCAACCUAAUUGAACUGGAGUACGAAGCCAGUGCACUCUUGUGUGUAUAUCUGUAUUUUGUAUUGUGUGUAUAUGAUCUAUGUAAUUUACUCCUUUGACAUUUUUGUCAGUAGUCCCAACUAUUCACUUAACUGUAUUAACUUGUCUUUAAAACCUAAGGUAUCAAAAGCACAAAUCAUUGUAUUAAAAUAAACAAACAAACAAAAAAAGGAAUAAAAGACAAUGAAUUAAAAAUAAAAAAUUACUUUGUGAUGUUCAGUGGAAAACAAUAAUAUGUACAAUCUCGGGUUUGAGAAUGAAUCACAGCACAGGUAAAAAUACAGAUUGCUGUUUUCAAAUAAAUGCAACUAUGGUAUAA